AUGGUUGAUCCAACUGAUGAAGGAUCACAACAUUCUCAAGGUGUACUAGUUGUUCCAUUCAGAAAACCAAAUGCAUCUCUUAAGGCGAUAUUGCUACACGGAAAUCUUGAUGUGUGUGUUAAAGAAGCCAAGAAUUUACCAAACAUGGGGUCUUUUAAUGAGAAAUUUAAGCCGCUUUUGGGGACGAGUGAUCCUUAUGUGACGAUUUCUUUAUCUGAUGCGGUGAUUGGAAGAACAUUUGUUGUGAAUAAUAAUGAGAACCCUGUUUGGAAUCAGCGUAUAUAUGUUAACGUGGCUCAUUAUGCUUCUGAAGUUAUUUUUGUAGUUAAAGAUAAUAAUGUCGUUGGUUCUAAACUUAUAGGAGCUGUUGGGGUUCCUGCUGAUUUAUUGGUUUGUGAUUCGGUUGUUGAAGGUACUUUUCCGAUUUUAAAUGCAAGUGGUCAAGUGUGUAAACUUGGAGCUGUGUUAUCUUUAUCGAUUCAGUACACACCUGUGGAGAAAAUGGCUAUUUAUCGUGAAGGUGUGGGAUGUGAUCCAGAAGUUAAAGGUGUUCCAGGGACUUAUUUUCCUCUUAGAAGAGGUGGGAAAGUUACCCUUUAUCAAGAUGCUCAUGUUGAUGGUAGUAUUCCAAGUUUGAAGCUUGACCGAGGAAUGAAGUAUAUACAAAAAGAUUGUUGGCGUGAUAUCUGUGAUGCCAUAAGACAGGCUCGUCGUUUGAUUUACAUUACAGGGUGGUCAAUUUACCAUAAAGUCCAGCUUGUUCGUUAUGGUAUGAACGCAAGAGAUAGUAUUUUGGGAGACCUUCUCAAAAGUAAGUCAGAAGAAGGUGUAAGAGUUUUGCUUCUUUUGUGGGAUGAUCCUACUUCUAAGAGCAUUUUUGGGUAUAAGACGGAAGGGGUAAUGCAUACUCAUGAUGAAGAAACCCGAGCUUUUUUCAAGAAUUCUUCAGUUCAAGUAUUACUUUGUCCUCGUUCAGUAGGGAAGGGCAAGAAGGAUGCUGAAGCAAUCUUUACCCAUAAUCAGAAAAGCAUUAUAGUGGAUGCUAGUGCUGGUAUCAAAAGAAGGAUAAUGGCAUUCAUUGGUGGUCUUGAUUUAUGCACGGGAAGAUAUGAUACUCCAGAACAUUCUCUUUUCAACACAUUACGGACGCUACACAAAGAUGAUUAUCACAAUCCUAACUAUACAGGGUCAACUGUUGGUUGUCCAAGAGAACCAUGGCAUGAUCUGCACUGUCGAAUUGAAGGUCCGGCGGCUUAUGAUGUACUCAAGAACUUUGAGGAGCGGUGGUUGAGAGCUUCUAAGCCUCGUGGUCUUUCAAAAAUUAAGAAAUUUUCUGAUGAUGUAUUACUUAAGCUAGACAAAAUUCCUGACAUUUUAGGAAUCACUGAUGCUCGUUACACUAGUGAAAAGGAUCCUGAAGGUUGGCAUAUUCAGGUGUUCCGUUCCAUUGAUUCUAACUCCGUGAAAGGCUUCCCAAAAGACUUAAAAGAUGCUUCAAGCAAGAACCUCGUAUGUGGGAAGAAUGUGCUGAUUGACAUGAGUAUACAUUCCGCUUAUGUGAAGGCAAUUCGUUCGGCUCAACAUUUCAUUUAUAUUGAAAAUGAAUAUUUUCUUGGUUCUUCAUAUAACUGGACUGAUCACAGAGGAUUAGGUGCUAAUAACUUAAUACCAAUGGAACUUGCUCUAAAAAUUGCAAAUAAAAUCAGAAACAACGAGAGGUUUGCUGUAUAUAUUGUCAUUCCAAUGUGGCCGGAGGGCUGUCCUACAAAUUCUGCAACUCAACGUAUUCUCUAUUGGCAGCAUCAAACUAUGCAAAUGAUGUAUGGAGUCAUUUACAAGGCAUUAGAAGAGGCAGGACUUGAAAAUAAAUUUGAGCCUCAAGACUACUUGAACUUUUUCUGUCUUGGUGUUCGUGAGUCGCUUGGAGGCAUAGCACCGAUUCUAAAUGGGAAAGACUCAUCUGGCUCUAAUAAGCCUCAAGCACUAAGCAGAAAAAGUGGGCGUUUUAUGAUAUAUGUGAAUUCAAAAGGAAUGAUAGUGGAUGAUGAGUUUGUGCUUUUGGGUUCAGCAAACAUUAAUCAACGUUCACUGGAAGGCACUAGAGACACUGAAAUUGCUAUGGGUGCAUAUCAGCCUCAUCACACUUGGGCUCGCAAGGGUUUUAAUCCAACUGGACAGGUAUUUGGAUACAGGAUGUCACUUUGGGCAGAGCACAUUGGAAAUCUAGAGAGCUGUUUUGAGCAACCCAAUAGCCUCAAGUGUGUAAGAAAGGUGAGGUUGUUGGCAGAACAAAACUGGGACCGGUAUGCGGCGGAUGAAGCAAGUGACGUGACGGCUCAUCUUCUUAAGUAUCCGGUGGAAGUCGAUGGCAAGGGUCAGGUGAACUCUCUCCCUGGCUGCCCAAAUUUUCCAGAUAUGGGCGGCAGCAUUGUGGGCAGUUUUAUGCCUGUUCAAGAAAAUCUCACGAUUUGAAGCUACCAAUUCAAUGUAUUUUUGAAUAAUUAGUGCAUGAGAUCUUUUCCCUUGUUUUUAAUAUAAAUAUUUUAACACAAUGUAUUGGACAUGAAGACGUUGGCGUAUAUAUUUUUUAAUA